UUAUCCGCCCAGCCCAUUCCCCUCUUCACCAACAACACCAACAACAACCACCGGUUUCGCUCGAACCAGACAACAUGAUCACCCACAUCGUGCAGGUGCAAUUCAAGUCUUCGACCAGCCCCGACCGGGUUGAAGAAGUGUGCAGCAAUCUGGUCGCGCUGAAGGACAAGUGUCUUCAUCCGACCACCCAGACGGCAUACAUCAAGUCCUUCCGAGCCGGGAAACAGAACUCGCCCGAAGGGCUGAACAACGGCAUCACUCAUGUGUUCGUCAUGGAGUUCGAGUCCGAGGAAGACCGCGAGUACUACCUGAACAAGGACCCCGAUCAUCUCGCCUUCGUCAAGGGUCUGGGCGGGGACAUUGAGAAGGUGCAGGUGGUCGAUUUUACAAACGGCGUCUUCUAGAUUUCCCGGGCGCCCCCGGCUUACUACUGUGCCAUUUGAGGUGGGACACGGUAGGGAUGUUGACUGCACGGACUGCAAGACCCUACCUGGACCUGGUCGUGUAAAUAGAUGACUCUUCGAGCAUGUGCAGCUGAUAAGCGAAUUGAUGUUUCAUGGACAUCUAAUCAUUG